CCAAGUCGUACACGAAAGCCUGACGCCAUGUUUUGGGGUAGUAUGACGCGUUUGCUUUUCGCUGUUGGCUUUCUGGCUAUCCUUCAUACUGCAUACGCUGGCUUAGACGUCGGCGUUGUUGAUAUCGUGUGUGUCACAACGGAAGAAUGCCGGGCACGUAAUAGAGAACUAUAUUGCGAAGCCGGGCGAUGCAGAUGUCCACGAGGAAGAAAUUAUGAUCCCCAAUAUGGCUGUGUUGAGGGCUGCAACCCAUUGGAGGGUGAGGCUGCGUGUAAUUUCAGAGGAGAUUGCAGAUUAAGGAGCAGCGGCAGAUACGAAUGUGACUGUGACAGAGGGUAUGAAGGCAGCAACUGUAUGGACAGAACUACGACAACCACCACUACUCGCAGACGAGGCGGCGCUAUAGGUCUCGUGGCAGCCGCCGCCGGUAUCCCAAUAAUCGUCUUGGCAGCCGCCGCCGCAAUAGGAGCUUCCGCCCUAGGAAAAUAAAGUCCAAAAGAACGUGCAGCCCGCCGCAUGAUAACAACAAUAAAAUGUCUGUCACAAUUUUUAUAUUAUAUACUUUUGGAAAAACAAGGAUGUUCUAAACAAUUUGAGUUUUGCUAUGUGUGUUGGAUACAAGAGAGAAAGAGGUCAGAAGAUUUUUUUUUAUAAAGAACACAAGUACUAGUA